CUCUUGCAUCCCCCGAAAAAACCCAAACCCGUCCCUGAUCCACCACCUCAACCUUCAUCCCGCUAUCCAUUAGAUCACUUCCAGCGGGCUUCCCAGAACAUCGCGACAGCGCAUCUUCCAGCUAGGAAAAAAAAAAAUUACACUCAAGGCCAGUGCCCGCUCAGCAACGCGCCGGCUUUUCAGAACCUCGCCAGCAGCCACUUUUUGCCGCUAGAACAAGCUGCCCGCAAUGCCUCGCCCGCCCAAGAAGUCGGUUGAGGAAAAGGCCAAGGUCCUGCCUGUGGCCGUUGUGCCUCCUCCCACCAUGGUGCCGGCGCCCGUCGUCACCGGAUUGCACCCAGCUGUUCCCGGGCCUGUUCCCGGCGUGCCUCAGCGCGUUGUCGACAACGAUAGCUUCCUGCGCGUGCGCGACUCGGCCGUUGGCAGACUCACCACCAUUCUGGAGCUUCUGAGGUCCUUCACCAAUGACUACAUUCGCCAGACCAACCUGCUCCUGGGCGAGGGCACUGCAGAGGGUCCUCAGGGCGACCUGCUCAACACCUUUGAUGCCGCUGCUCAGCUCAUCAUGCCCAUGCCAGACAUGACCCCUCUGGUUGAGGAGAAGAAGGAGCGCAAGAAGCGCACCCACGACCCCAAUGCCCCCAAGCGCCCCCUGACCCCUUACUUCCUCUACAUGCAGCAUGCUCGUUCCAUCAUCGCCAACGACCUGGGUGCUGAUGCUCCCAAGGGAGCUGUUCAGGAAGAGGGCCAGCGCCGGUGGGCACACAUGACUCCCCAGGAGAAGCAGGGCUGGAACAACGCCUACCAGUACAACCUGCGCCUGUACAAUGCUCGCGUUCACUCCUACAAGAACGGAAACCCUAUCGCCAAGAACAUGACUGAUGAGGAGGCGCUUAAGUACGCCGAGGAUUUCCACAUCCCCAUGCCAGAGCUCAAGGAGGCCACAGCCCAGGCUGAGGUCCCCGUCAACGACCAAGAGGCUAUCGCCGAGCAGCUGCAACAGGUUGCCGCCGCCGCCUCUGACGGUGACGAGGAGGAGACUCCUGCCAAGACCCCCAAGAAGCCUGCCUCCAGCCGCAAGCGCAAGACUGCUACCCCUGCUGCUGAGGUAGAGACACCAAAGGUCGCCGCGCCUGCCAGCCCGGAUAAGAAGCGGAGAAGGACGUCGACCAAGGCGGCCGAGCCUGAGAAGGAGGAGCCCAAGAAGUCAGGACGCAAGAAGACUAAGAGCACUUGAGCAAUGUCUUUUGGCGGCUAGCAGCAAUCAAGCUGCCCCUUCCCGCACGUUUGCCCCAAGUCCAAUUUGGCUACCAAGGGGGGGACGCCCUGGAGGAGCAAAGGCUUUCUUCCAGGACUUAUUCUCAUGUCAUGAUUCCAUCGUCUCGUGCCAGCUUACGGACCGCAAAACUAGCAGAAGGGUUUGUUUGUCUUCUUCUCUUUCACAGUUGGGCUCUUGGUUUUUUCUUUUUUUGGUUGAGAAAGGAAUCAUGAUACCUCAGACGAGAACGGCGUGGAGAUGGGGCGACUCCGUCCGUCUUGCGUGUUUUGGCAUGAACCAGGGAAAAAUCAAUGAUUGGUUUUUUCCCUUUUUAUAUCUCUCGCUUCAUUCCGACUUUGUUUCAUCGCCCGGCAUGGCGGUUCGUAUAAAAUCAGGGUUUUAGGGCGUAUAGCUAUUCGUGUGUGUUUUUUUCCUCGUUUUUAUUAUUCUUGGCCCUUUGUUUUUUUGAAAAGGGCCAGGAAAGGGCAUCCGGGAUUUUCGCUAGGUAGUUCUCUGGGACCAAAUUGGGGGAAAGGGCGGGUUGUUACGUCGUGUAUUUAAGUCUCUCCAGUUCGUUGUUGGACGGCCGAACUUUGUAUGCGAUAAUGAAAGCAAUGAUUAAGCAACAUGACUCUUAUAUCUCG